GCCAACUCAACUCUGAUAGCUCCGCCCUUCCUAUCAAUGAGCAAAAUCCUCCGCCCGCUAUCAACUAAUCCCGUGAGCCUCCACUUGCUGUUUUCACCAUCAUUACUAUCAAAUUGACCCGCUCCAACUGUUCACUGUGGUUGGCUCAAAUUCCUCCAAUUCUUCGUAGUUAGUGAUCAUUUUGGCUAUGUUCCUCUGUCCUCCCAAGUCUCUUUCUGGUGCUGCCGAAAAUGUUGUCAAUCCUUCUUAUCUCUCUUGGGAUCCAGCAAGAUUGGACAAUAUUGAGUUGAAUAAACAACUCACUCACUCCGCCUGUGUUGUCUACCGCGGCGUUGUCUUCCACAUCCCGUCAAUCCUGGGUAUCUCUGGAACGUCUAUGCCUCCACCUCUCACAACCACAUCCUUCAUCUGCGCAAUGAACUAUUUUGCACCACCAAAGGCGACUUGUCCAUUUCAGAUUACCGGGACAAAAUCAACUCCAUUGCAGAUAAUCUUGCACUCGCUGGAAACUGACAAUCUCAGCUCCACAUCCACACUGGCUCCGGGAAAUUAUAAGAAACUAAUGGAGGAGGAAAAGCUUGAUCAGAUCAGCAGCUUACCAUUUGAAUUAAAACAGAGAAUUAUAUCCUUCCUGCCAUUGAAAGAGGCAGUAAGAGCUAGUGUCCUUUCAACUCAUUGGAAGAGCCUCUGGUCUCCAAUUCAAGUAAGCUUGAAUUUUGAUCCAAACCCAGUAAACCAUGAAGGCUCAGGUCAAGAAUUCAACCAAGUUAUGGGAAUGUGCAUGAGGUCCUAUGCUUGUCUUGAGCAAUGGAAGCUGUGCCUCAAUGUUGUUGACAGCAAUGAAGCACUGAUUCUCAAAGCCACCAAGGGGGUUGACAGAGAGCUUCAUCUAGAAUUUUUUGAAACAAAGAAAGUUUCAAGAGAUUUCAAAUCAGAGCCAACAUCAACAAGUGCUUGUUUGUGCCUUCACAGCCAUCAUCCUACACAAACAGAGAGUUUUGCUGGCGUGAAGCUUCUCCACCUCAGAUCAGUCACCAACCUCACCAAAACCCUGGUGUCUGAAGUUUUCUCCAAUUGCCAUGUUCUUGAAAGUUUGAAGCUUGAGAAAUGCAGGGGACUGGAAAGCCUUGAUGUGAAAACAGAUAGCCUGAGGAGCUUGGUGGUGGCAGACUGUUCAAACAUGGCUGCCAUUACAAUUUCUGCACAAAAUCUCAAAUCAUUUUGGUUCCAUGGUGCUCUUCCCCAGAUUAUCACCCUAAAAAACACAAGAAGCUUGGUUGAUGUGGUGCUCAAUUUGAAGGAUGGACCAAUCAACAAUGAGUUUGACUGUGAGGAAAUUCUCUCCAUCCUUUUCUCUUUCAAGGAUGUUGAGGCUCUCACUAUAAGUGGCUGGCUUCUUGAGUGGCUGUGUUCAGCAGGAGUGAUUUUUGGGAGGCUUGAUUUCCAAUUCAACAAGUUAAAAGCAUUAACUUGGAUCGACUCUUUGAUCAACAAGGACAAAAGGGACUCCCUUGCUUGCUUCUUAAAUGCAUGUCCUUUGCUGGAGAAAUUGUUGGUUGAGAUUGACAGCAACCUGAGCACCAUCCCCUGCCCAUUGUUCUACCAAUACUGGCAUGAGCCUCACCUUUGGAUGGACUUUACAAGUGUGAAGUCGAACACUUCACAGCUCAAGCACCUUAAAAGCAUUGAGUUGCUGGGCUUCACUGGCAGGGACCAUGAAUUGCAACUAAUGGAUCUUUUGCUUGAAAAGGCAAUUAGGGUCAACUCAUUGACUUUAACUUGCCCUGAAUUUUUAUCAUAACAAAGUGUAAUGAUCCCACUCUACUUGCAGUUAGAGCUUGGUUUUUUAUGUAACGCUCCCAAGUAUGUUGAAAAUGUCGUUUCGCAUGUACGGUAUUGUUUAGUCAAGUUUAUAUAUAAUUUUUCUUUGCAC